UCCUCCCGUAAAAUAUCGAGUAUAAAUCAGUUCUAUUCAAAUACCUGUGGAAUACGAUUUAUGUGAAAGUGGAUUGUGCUAAUGUGUGUGAAUUAAAUUUUAUUAUCCUUACAUUUACAGUAAAAGGUUAUUCAGCAGUAGAAGUCCACGGUUAGAAGGUACUAAAGCAAUAAGCUGCGAUGAAAAUUCCAAUACAAUGAAAUCCACUGAAGAUGUACAAUGAAAUCAUAUCAAACAAACAAGUAACUGGAACUGUGAAGAAGAAAAAGAUGGAAGUAAAUUAUCUGCAAGCGACACAAGAGUUAAUUAUUAAGCAAUAAUUAAAAUGAAAUUUGGAUUUUUUAUAAUCAGACGUGCAGAAGUGUGUGAAAAUGGAGAAAAUAAGACCGAAGUGAAUCGAGUAACGUAAAGACCGCCCCUUAUGGAUCAAGUAAACGUGUCCCGCAACGAGUCAGUCAACGCGACGGCCGGCGGGGGCGGGGGCGAUGCGGGCGGGGAUGAGUGGCCGCAGGUGGUCAUGUUCAAGUUGCGGACGGCGGUGCUGCUGCUUAUCGUCAUCGCGGCCGUGCUCGGCAACUUGCUCGUCAUCGUCAGCGUCAUGAGGCAGAGGAAACUCCGAGUGAUCACCAACUACUUCGUUGUGUCCCUCGCGUUCGCCGACAUCCUCGUCGCCAUGGUCGUGAUGCCAUUCAACUUCAGCGUGCAAUUCUACAACGAAUGGAUAUUUGGACCAGUCAUCUGCGAUCUUUGGAACUCCUCCGAUGUCUACUUCACCUCGACCUCCAUACUGCAUCUCUGUUGCAUAUCAGUUGACAGAUAUUACGCUAUUGUGAAACCAUUAAAAUAUCCAAUAAAGAUGACAAAAAAGAUGGCGUUUGUCAUGCUAGCAGCAACUUGGUUAAGCCCAAUAACGAUAUCCUACGCGCCUAUUUUUAUGGGCUGGUACACAACGAAAGAACACAUACUGACACGAGAAUUGAACCAAUGUGAAUUCAUAGUAAACAAACCGUAUGCAGUAAUAUCCAGUUCAAUAUCUUUCUGGAUCCCUUGCACAAUUAUGAUAUUCACAUAUCUUGCGAUAUUUAAGGAGGCUAAUAGACAAGAGAAAGCAUUACAUGCAAGAGCUGGCAACGCAAUGCUCAUGCAUCGACAUUCCCGAGAAGUUGGAGACAAGAAUGGUGCUCUUCAUAUUAAUGCCAACACACCCACCAAAGAUAGAAAUAUAUUAAAAAUGAAAAGAGAACACAAAGCUGCUAGAACUUUAGGUAUUAUUAUGGGUGCCUUCAUUCUCUGUUGGUUGCCAUUCUUUCUUUUCUACGUGUCGACAUCAUUGUGUGACACUUGUGAAUAUCCCGAAGUGGUGACUGUGAUCAUGUUUUGGACGGGUUAUUUCAAUUCAGCGUUAAAUCCGAUCAUCUACGCGUACUUCAAUAGAGACUUUCGUAACGCAUUCAAGAAUACAUUGGCUUGUGCGUUUUGUAGUUUUUGUAAGCGUAGUGCAUCGGAUUUGGACGCGAUGGAGAGAUUGGAGAGGCGAGGUUCCGCGCAGCUGAGAGUUCCUAUCCCUUCAAGGCGUACGUCAGAUCUGGCGUCACUUUGAGUGUCACCUAAUCGCGACUUGGUGUCGACAGUUUGACAGGCCUAGUUGUUUCUCAACGAAAGUUUCCAAAGAUGUGACUGAA